UCUGGCCGAAACUUGUUUGUCAAUUGCCAAGUCUUUGGGCCAAUUCCUUUCUGCAGUCCUACACACCACAGUAUACAAUAGAACACGAAGCACGGAGACAUACGGGAAAUCAAAGAGAUAUCGGCUCAAUCUGUGCAGAGAACGGCUAGUCACUGCUUGCAUUCGCACUCAACCAAGGUGUCAUACUUGAUUGUCUCUUGGAAUGCCUUUGCCAUAUGACCUAUGCGCUCGCGUCCAGAACGCCUUUCGAGCACGACACCACAAAAUAGCAGUGGACCACACAACACAAAACCUUGGGAUCCUCAGCAUACUCCUGCGGACUGGUUUCAUCUCCAACGUCACGCGCGGAACCAUUGAGUCACCCUCUCCCACUGACUUCCUCCGCGUUGGCGAAGCCCAGCGCCGUAUAUGGGCCGAGCUCAAAUACCGCGACGACCGGCCUGUACUUUCGGACAUGGAGCUCAUUAGUAGACCUAGUAGACGCAUUUUCAUGGACAUUGGGGAGCUGCGGCGGAUUUGCUCCGGACGCCGUGCACAAACGAUCAAACCUUUGGGCAUGGGCGAAAUUGCGGUGGUGCGGACAAAAAGCAAGGAGCAUGAAUGGUUGGAGGCACGAGAGGCUUUGCAAUUAAAUUUAGAUGGGGAGGUGAUCUGUCGAGCUCGUUGACCCCGUCGAGGGUCAUUUGUUGCUGUCCUAUAUAUCAAACAGACUUAUUCAAACGUUCACCUCUUCAAUACCGUCUCGUGAUUACAAUCGCCAUAUUCGCUACCCGAACUCAUGCCAGAGAUCCUAGGAAAUUCAUUCCCGGGGCGCUUCGUGUUCAAUCUUUUUUUCUCUCAAAGGACCGAUUUUUGCGCUCAACAUCCACAUUGGAUCGGUGCCACGAUAGAUUCGUUGCUUCGUCGAGGUGUUUGUUUAUCUUCACGCGUUGCUUG